UACAUUUAAAAUUCUCAGUAUUAAAAUUCACAUCAUUUUUCGUCUUCAAAUGUCAUUCGUUAAAAUAACAUCAUCUACAUUGCCGAAACUUUACCAUGCUAAUAUCAUGCUUACCAUUAAUCGAUUCAUUUCCAUUACAAAAUCACUGAACGGUGAAUACCCAAUUCCACAGGAUCCAACUAACAGAGUUCGUGACACCAUGGCUAAGAUAAUAAGGGAAGAAAAUGCUUGGACAAGAAGGGGAAGUAAUAGACUAGAUACAGAGCAAAUUAAUCGAAUACAAAAUAGAACCGUUGGUUAUUGCUUUAAUAAAUCGAAAGAUAUUCCAAGAUUAAGACGAUGUAUUGAGAAAGCUGAAAAAGAUGCCUAUGUAAGCAUAAGAAAUCCAGAAGUAAGACGAAAUGUGCUUAAAACAUUACGAGAGUCAAGAAAUGUGAGAUAGAUGAAGAGAAAGAAUCGAAAUUAUACGAAAAAAUAUAAUUUACGUAUGAACAAUUAUUAUGAUUACAAAAUUCCAAAAUUUAAGUGAAUUCAUUUGGGAAAUGAAAUGUCGUAAUCCAGAAAUUGUGUCAUACCUACAUUGCGAUAUUUUAUUGACGCCAAAAUUUGUUUAUAUAUGUGUAUGCGAAGGUAUUCACACCACUUUAAAUCAUCCAUGGGCAAACGUGGCUUAGAGAAGCCACUCAGACUUCUGUAUCUAACAUACGAGUAAGACAGUGAUACCUUAACCAGUGUCAACCAAUAAUACGAGUAAGACAGAGAGACAUUUUUUUUUCUUCCUAUCUCAUUACUAUUAAAGUAACUGAGAUAGGUAGAGGAGUCGUGUACAUGUCUUGCUUCCUCCUCUAUGAGCAAUGCGGACUUGCAUAAAGAGGCACACAAUAAACUUUAUGGCAUGCAAUAAACUUAUAACAAUGGUGGCUUUGACUUAAAAUAACUCGCCCACGCCUGCUUUAAAUCAUACUGACCCGUCCACAUAUAUAACCAUAUAAAAGCAUCAAUAAAAAAUUAAAAUGUAAAGUAUAAACUGAAAAUUCACUAUAUAUCUUUAUAAUGCGGCGCGGCGAAAUGAAUUCUAUAUAAUAAUUAUUUAUUCUCUUAA